GCCCAGAGCCCCGUCAUGCCAGCUGCCACCACGGAGGGCCAGCCUGUGGCCCUGAGCUUGGCCGAGAAGGCUGUGUGCAAAGUGGUGUAUGGCGCCCCCCGCCCGCGCCCACUGUUGCUGCCCGUGGGCCUGGAGCUGUGGUUGUACGUGCAGAAGAUGCGAAACCUUCAGAGGAAGAGGAUGGAGGCCUCGUGCCUGGAGCUGGCCCUGGAGGGCGAGCGUCUGUGCAAGGCGGGGGACUUCAAGGCAGGCGUGGCCUUCUUUGAGGCCGCUGUGCAGGUAGGCACUGAGGACUUGAAAACGCUGAGCGCCAUCUACAGCCAGCUGGGCAACGCCUACUUCUACCUGAAGGAGUACGCCCGGGCGCUGGAGUACCACAAGCACGACCUGCUGCUCGCCCGGACCAUUGGCGACCGCAUGGGGGAGGCCAAAGCCAGCGGGAACCUGGGCAACACACUCAAGGUUCUGGGCCGCUUUGAUGAGGCUGUCGUCUGCUGCCAGCGGCACCUGGACAUCGCACAGGAGCAGGGGGACAAGGUCGGGGAGGCAAGGGCACUGUACAACAUUGGCAACGUGUACCACGCCAAGGGCAAGCAGCUGUCCUGGAACGCCGCGCAGGACCCUGGGCACCUGCCCCCUGCUGUCCGGGAGACGCUGCGCCGGGCCUCUGAGUUCUACGAGAGGAACCUGUCCCUGGUGAAGGAGCUGGGCGACCGGGCGGCCCAGGGCAGGGCCUACGGGAACCUGGGCAACACGCACUAUCUGCUGGGGAGCUUCACGGAGGCCACCGCCUUCCACAAGGAGCGCCUGGCCAUUGCUAAGGAAUUUGGAGACAAGGCGGCAGAGCGGAGGGCCUACAGCAACCUGGGAAACGCCCACAUCUUCCUGGGGCGCUUCGACGUGGCUGCAGAGUACUACAAGAAGACGCUGCAGCUGUCCCGGCAGCUCAAGGACCAGGCCGUGGAGGCACAGGCCUGCUACAGCCUGGGCAACACGUACACGCUGCUGCAGGACUACGAGCGGGCUGCCGAGUAUCACCUGCGGCACCUGCUCAUCGCCCAGGAGCUGGCCGACAGAGUGGGCGAGGGCCGGGCGUGCUGGAGUCUGGGGAAUGCCUACGUAUCCAUGGGGAGCCCAGCACAGGCCCUGACCUUCGCCAAGAAGCACUUGGAGAUCUCCCAGGAGAUUGGGGACCGCAGCGGGGAGCUCACGGCCCGCAUGAACGUGGCGCAGCUGCAGCUGGCACUGGGCCGGCUAUCCAGCCCGGCGGCCGCAGAGAAGCCAGACCUGGCUGGCUAUGAGGCCCAAGGGGCCAGGCCCAAAAGGACGCAGAGGCUGAGCGCGGAGACCUGGGACCUCCUGAGGCUUCCCCUGGAGCGGGAGCAGAAUGGAGACAGCCACCAUGCGGGGGACUGGCGGGGGCCGGGCAGGGACUUGCUCCCCCUCCCCGUGAGGAGCAGGAAGUACCAGGAGGGGCCGGACGCUGCUGAGAGGAGGCCCCGGGAAGGUGGCCACUCCCCACUGGACAGUGCAGACGUCCGGGUGCAGGUGCCUCGCACGAGCAUCCCCCGGGCCCCCUCCUCCGACGAGGAGUGCUUCUUUGACCUGCUGAGCAAGUUCCAGAGCAGCCGCAUGGACGACCAGCGCUGCCCCCUGGAGGAGGGCCAGCCCGCAGCUGCGGAAGCCACAGCUGCCCCCACCCUGGAGGAGAGAAUGGCCCAGCCCUCGCUGACAGCCUCCCCCCAGACUGAGGAGUUCUUCGACCUCAUCGCCAGCUCCCAGAGCCGCCGGCUGGACGACCAGCGGGCCAGCGUGGGCAGCCUGCCCGGACUGCGCAUCACCCACAACAACCUGGGGCACCUUCGAGGUGACGGGGACCCCCAGGAGCCAGGGGAUGAGUUCUUCAACAUGCUCAUCAAGUGCCAGUCCUCCAGGAUCGACGACCAGCGCUGUCCCCCACCCGACGUGCUGCCCCGUGGCCCCACCAUGCCCGACGAGGACUUCUUCAGCCUCAUCCAGAGGGUCCAGGCCAAGCGGAUGGACGAGCAGCGGGUGGAUCUCGCCGGGAGCCCGGAGCAGGAGGUGGGCGGACCACCCGAGCCCCGGCAGCAGUGCCAGCCUGGUGCCAGCUAAGGCCUCGCACCUGCGGCCGGGCCCACCCCACCCCCAUUCCUGGACACCGGGGUGGUGGGGGCACUCACAAAUAUCCAGGAUGCCCAUGGCCCCCCCAAGAAGCCAGAUCCUCCCAGGCCAUGGCUGAGGGCAGGCUCUGAGCCACUCAGCCCUUCCCACUGAGCCGGAUGCUGGGCACACAGCUCUCACUGUGUCCCCCUGCCCCAGGGCAGGAGGCUUAGGCCUCAGCAUAGUCUGUCCUGGGCUGGUCCCCACGUGGUACGCAGCUUCCUGCAGGCCUGCCCAGCCCAGCCCUGCCCUCACCCCUGCCCUGGGCCCGGCCUUCAGCAUGUCGGCCCCAAACCCCAGUACUGUCCAGACCCUCCAUGCUCUCUCCCUGCCCCCCACCCCCAUCCAAAUGUGAAAACUCUGCAGCCGUCCCGACCCCUAAAGGUGUCUCUGAAGCCUCUUCUCUAGGGCCACCAGCGACAUGGGCAUUUCUCUCCUCCCAAAGCUGGUCCCUGGGUGGCGAGCACAAACAUGUUCUCCCCAGUCCCGGCCUCACCCCUGGCAAGUGCCUCCUCCCAGCCCCUCUCCCCUCAAUCCUGCCUCGGCUGGAGGAGGGAGGAGGAGGCAGUCACAUCUGGAGCCUGACGCCGUAGUGGCGGCAGUGCCCCUACGCAGGGUCCACGGCCCCACAAGGCACACAGUCCUAAGCAAGCAGGAUGUGAGGGGACGGGGGGAGCUGCCACACUUCUCAAUUCCAAGCCCAGAAACCCAGGAACUGAGCCGGCCUGGUUCUGGGAGUACCAGUGGCAGCGAGAUCUACUCCCGGACCGUGCCAGGGUGGGCAGUGGGUGCAAGGGCUCUGGCUCUGUGGCCGUGGGGGCACCCAUAGCUCAGCAGGGGGAGGGGGUCAGUUCGAUUUUGCCCUGAUCGCAUGAGCACCUGGUCCUCAGCCCUCCCAGCGGGGGGAGAUGACACCACCACCGCCCCCACAGGGGCAUCGGCCCACAGGACUGGGCAGGAGACAGGCCCUCUCCCAGGCCUUCGUCGCAGCCCACCACCUGCAGGGCCCACCCACCGCCAGCUCUUCUGGAGCGCUCUUAGGGUCGAGCGGCAGCCCCCCCGGCCUCCAGAGCUCAGAGGCGCUGCCUUCUCUUGGGUGGUGCCUCACCCAGCCCCACAGUCCUGCCCUCCGAGUGUUGGGAGGUGGCCAGACCUCCACCCCACGGUACAGCCUGGGGAGCUCUGGGCGGAGGGGCCUCUGAAGGGGUGUGGGGCCCUCAGGGGUAAGGGUGGGUCGGUAGGUGGGCCAGAGGCCAAGCACAGGCUCCUCAGCCGCCCCACAUGCCUGAUCGUACGUGCAUAUUUAUUGCUCACACGUGUGUUUGCCAUGUUGUCAGUGGGUCCUUUCCAACCCAAGAGGUACAUUUGUUUUUCCCAAAAAAAUAAAGUCUGCCAAGUGAA